GAAGAAAAAAAAAGGUAUUUGGCAUUAUAGUGCAACGUAAAGCUACGAAUUAAGUUCGACAAUGAGACGUUGAUUCCCGAUAAAAAAAAUAACGUUGAUAAUCAGCCAUAGCUUGGAAGAUGUUGGGGUGGCUCUUGACUAUCACCGGCCGUAUAAAUUCAUACGGAUGCCAAUUAUGCUAAAUGCCAGUUUCGUCAGCAUUUGGAAAUUGUUCCAAAAACGAUAAAAAAAAAGUGCACAAAAUCGUUUGAAACAUGCAAAAAUAAAUUUGCAACAAUUAGUUGGUACCUGAAAGAUAUCAAAAUGCAUCCCAUUCAUCAUUUUGCAUCAAUAUCUAUUCAUGAGAAAAGACUGUCCGAAAAGAACGCUGCGUUUGCCGCUCACUCAUAGUUGUUUUGGCGAAACAAAGAAGAUUUUUUAUGCAAUAUAAGACAAUGGAUGAAAUAGGGAAUUAUCACGGAACUCCAGAACCAAAACAACAAGUCGGGGAAAGCUGCGCUCAGCAGCCAAAAAUGUAACAGUUGACCGCGAAGGUCACCGCGUCCGCUUUUUCGGAAGCGCAUGGUAUAAUUCUCCAUGAGUAUCCUGAGAAGGGACAAAGGAUAAUCACCGAAUAUUAUGUAGCGUUAUAAGCGCAUUUAAAUGAAAAAACUGUAAAGAGAUGAAACGUUAGAUCGGAGAUGAGAGAUGUGAUAUAUUAUGCACAAUGCAGUUUUCGGUUAUUUACUGAACAAAUGAUACCAAUCAUAAAGUGUGUUCAACAUUCAAUAUACUACUACUUUGAUAUUUUCGAAAUAAAUGGAGAGAAAAUCUAUUAAUUUCAUAUAAAAUGUUUUGCAAUGUUACGUCGAACGUAAUAUUUUUCUUAUUAGUUUCUUUCACUACAGCGGAUAAGUUUUUAGUAAAUCGUCAUUAUGUUCCAUAUUAUGCAGAAGAAUUAUCGGAUGAUGAUUUUUAUACAAUCAAUCUUCUUUCCGACGUGCCACAUUUAAAGGAAGCUGUCAAACAAAUACUUCUACCUCGUGUAGUGGGCACCAAAGGACACAAAAAGGUGCGCCAAUAUAUUAUUAAAAGCCUUUGCGAUCUACAGUGGUCGGUAGAAUUGCACAAAUUUCAUGAUAAAGUGCCGAUUUUAGGGCAACUAGAGUUUCAAAACAUUAUUGCUACGCUGAAUCCAAAGGCUGAGCGUUAUUUAAUAUUAAGUUGUCACUAUGACAGUAAAUAUAUGGGGGAUUUGCAAUUUUUGGGAGCCACCGAUGCGGCGGUACCUUGUGCAAUGCUUUUGAAUUUGGCUAAAGUUCUGAAAACUAACUUAGCUGCUUUCCAGAAUACGCCUCUUAGUUUAAUGUUGAUAUUUUUUGAUGGUGAGGAGGCUUUCGAGGAAUGGUUACCGGAAGAUUCUCUCUACGGCUCGCGACGCCUCGCACGGAAAUGGGAAACUGAAGGCUUUCUCGAUAAAAUUGAUAUGUUAGUCCUUUUAGACCUCUUGGGCUCCUCUGAUCCGACUUUUUACAAUUUCUUUAGCAACACGGAGUCAUUUUAUUCGCAACUGUUGUCGUUAGAGCGACGUUUGGCGAAGACAGGGUUUUCAACCUACAGCAGCAAUCAAGUACAACCUCACCGUUAUUUUCAAGCGCAGACAUUGCGAUCGGCGUCUCUACAAGAUGAUCAUACACCGUUUUUGAAGCGCGGCGUACCUAUUCUACAUAUUAUACCAUUACCGUUCCCUUCAUUUUGGCAUACUGUCGAAGAUAACGAAUCGGUUAUUGAUUAUGUAACAACCGAAAAUUUGGCUCGUAUUGUGCGGUUGUUUACUAUGCAGUAUUUGUUCAGUGGUAUUGCCAAUAAAAUCUAGUAGAAUAGCUAAAUAUAACGAUCUCGACAUGAGAUCUAAAUUUAAUUUAUUUUUGAAUUGUAAAAAGAAGCUAAUUUUUAAUAAAUGAAUUUUAUAUUACCAGUAUAAAAGACGGUAAUAUAGCAAGUGUUACAGGAUAAAAACUGUGUGAACCAAACCUGUUAUUAUUAUUUUCUUACAUACUACGACCAAUUUAUUAAUAUAUAAAUCCAUAGGGAAUAUCAAAUAAGCUUCAGAUGCUAAAUAUCAAACGUUUGUCUGUCGGUGCUGAGUUUACAUACCAUUUCCUUAACCGUUCAGUUACUGUCUUAGUUAAUGAAAAUCUUGACU